AUGGAGACUUUUGGGCUGAGGAGGACCCAGUCCCUUAGGAGUCUGUCUGGGGUUCAGGAGAGCUCAUGGGUCAUGCCAGCUUCAAGCCGCUGGAGCAGGAAGUCUGUGUCGCAGCUGGUGCAACACUACCAAAGCUGCAGUGACCUCAGGAACCUUGAAAAAGCGGAUCAGAAGCUUCAGGUAAAAAAACAAACACAGAACUCAGCUGCUGCCUCCCGGGUGUUAGAGAGCAGUGUGAACAAUCGAUGGGGGAGGACAGAGAGCAGGGAGAACGUGGCCCACUGGGGAUCAGGAGGAAGCUCCAAUCUGUCCAGAAGUCGCUCCAUGGACUUCCUCCCUCAGAAGGAGUCAUCAGGCACCAGAGCUCUGUGUGCCCUGUUUGAGUCCAAGGCCUCAUUGCAGCAGAACUUCCACAGCAGCACCAGACUGGACAUCAAGUCUGCUGCUGGCAUUAAAACAAGGGGAGACUGCCCUCUGCAGGACCAGAGAGGUCAUAACAGCCCAGUGAAGGAUGCCCCUAUUCAGGGAACAACCCAGACGGAAAGGGGAAAGGCCGUGAAUGGACCUCAAGAGACGAAAGGCAAAAUGUGGAGAUACUCACACGGUGAUAAAAUUCGUCUGGAGCCAACUAAAGAGGUCUCCCCAACAAGACCAACCAGAGACAGGAUAUCUACUCCCUCCUCAGUGAGAGAGAGAUCCGCUCUUUACUUGUCAAGAGCAGCAGCCAUCGACUCCACAGGAGGCCCAACGCAGCCACAGGAAUUCAUUGGUGCUUCAGCAACAAGGUCUAAAAGCAGUAAGAUGGCUGACGCAGCCAGGAAAGUCACAGUUUCACAAUCUUCUCUUGAUGAAGAGGACCUCCCUCUCCCUCCACCUCCUCCUGUACCACCUAGACCCCUGGACUAUGAAGGGCCUCCAACAUGUGGUACCCUCCCUAUCCUUCCACCUAAAGAAACCUUCUCCACGUUCUAUCAUCAACGGCAAAAGAGUGAACUGAAGAGACUCUUUAAACACAUCCACCCUGAUCUACGGGCAAGUCUUGAUGAUGCAGUGGAUGAUGAAAUAAUGAAGGCAGUGCAGUCAGAAAACACUGAUGCAGCAGAUGCAGCUUAUCAGUGUGAAGUGCAGUCCAUGAGGUGGAUUUUUGAGAACUGGAAUCUGGCCAACAUUGGGGACCCUCAUGCAACCAAGAAGAUGUUGGAUGAUGAGGAGUUAAAAGGUGGAGAUGUCAGAGGCACAUCUUCUAUGUUUGAGCAUAUUGACAGCACCCAACAAAUGUCUGCUAAAAGACAGACCUCUGUCAGAGGUGAUGUGAGAACAUCAACAUGGCUGUUUGAGACCCAGCCCUUAGAUUCUCUUAAUAAAUCAAAAAGAGAAGAAGGUGAGCUGGUUGAGGCAGUGCUGAAAGAACCCAUCAAGCCAGGAGACGUAACCGGGACUCGGCUGCUUUUUGAGUCAAAAUCACUGAGUGACUUGGGACGCUGUAACUCCAUAGAAGAUUAUAGCUUCCUGAAACUGAAAUCAGAGCUCCAGGAGCAGAAAGGAGACGUCCAGAAGACUGUGAAACUCUUCCAGGCAGAACCUUGCUGUGCCAUCAGAGACAACAGUGGCAAUAUGCACGAAAUUAAAUCCAUCUGCAGGGAAGAGAUCAACAGCAACAACAUCAGCACUGCCCGUUGGCUUUUUGAAACCCAGCCUUUGGACCUGAUUAAUAAGGGAACUGAUGGAGUGAAAAUCAUUCGAGGUAUAUCAAUGGAAGAGGGGCAUAGAGGUGGAGUUGACCAAAAGAGGUGGAUGUUUGAAACUCAGCCGUUCGGCACAAUACAAGAGGUUGUGGGUGUGGACAAGUUUGAAGGAACAGUGGCUGAAUGCAGUGGAGAGGCUGAUGUUGUCAACAAGAGGAAGUAUUUUGAAACACAGCCUUUGGCGUCACUGAGAGGAGAUUCAGCAGAAAAAUCUUUGGAAAAGGAAGAAAUAAUUGGAGGGGACAUCAAAACUUCUUUGUGGUUGUUUGAAACUCAACCCAUGGAGACUCUUAGUGAUACCUAUGAAGUUGGACGUCUGAAGAAAAUUACCCUUUCAGCUGAUGAACAAGGAGAAGUAAAAGGUCGAAAAAGAAUGUUUGAGAGCUGCAGUACCGAAAAGAACACCUCAUUCAAAAAACAAGAGAUUGAAAAGGGUGACGUCAAGGGAUUCAAACAUCUUUUUGAAACAAUCCCUCUGAGCAAAAUUGCUCAUUCUGAUGAAGAGAUUAUUGAGAAGGAAAAUGCCACUACAGCAGGACACAUGAAAGGUAUCGGAGCAAUGUUUGAGACACCUCAUUUAUACGCAAUAAAGGACAGCUCUGGAAACCUCCACAAGGUCACAACAGUCAGCCGAGAAGAAUUAAUCAAAGGCAAGGUUAACAACUACAAGUGGAUGUUUGAGACAAAGCCAUUAGACGAGCUUGCAGAAGGAAAAGGAAAUGUCGAGGUUAUCAAAGGCAUCACCAGACAAGAGGAUACGAAGGGUGAUGUCAAGAUGGCAAAGUGGCUUUUUGAAACCCAGACAAUAGAUGGGAUCCAUUCUAAGUUCAACCAGACAGAGCAAAAUGCCUCUGUUGAACAGGAGUGUCAUAAAGGUGAUGUCAAGGCUUGUAAAUGGUUAUUUGAAACACAAUCAACGGGCAUUUUGCCUAACAAAUCAGAUAAAGUCAAAGAUAAAGAAGCCACCGACAACACCAAUGUCAAGUCCAUCACUUGGCUUUUUGAAUCACAACCUCUUGACAGCAUCAAAGAUGGGGAGGAGUACAAUUUGAAUCUCUGCAGCACCGUGCAGGACUCUGUUAAAUCAGAGGUUGGUGUUCAAACAGUCAAAUAUCUUUUUGAAACAGAAACCUUAGACAGAAUUAGACAGGAUACAAAUUCAGACAAAGACAUGAGAUGUGUCAGCCACGUCGACUUCCAGUCAGGAGAUGUCUCACGAGUCAAAGAACUUUUUGAAUCCCAGUCACUUGAUGAAAUAGGAUUAGAAAUGGAGACAAUGUGUGAUGAACAGAACCAAGGUGAACCCAUUGAAAGAGGUUCAGCACAUAAGUUAACUUGGAUGUUUGAGAACCGUCCCAUGAACCUCAUUAAUAAGGACAACGUUGAUGCAAACAUUCAGACAGUGAGUGGAGCUGUGAGUGGGGAUGUCCAGAACAAAAAGUUUAUAUUUGAAACCUCCUCACUGGACAAAAUCCACAAUGAACCCCUUGAGCAGAAAUUGGUUGCUGCAGAAGAGCCUGCGAGCAAUGUGGAUGUGAAAUCAAGCACCAUGAUGUUUGAGUCCCUGCCGCUAUAUGCCAUCAGAGACAAAGAGGGACAAUUCCAUGAGGUCACAACUGUGAAAAAAGAGGAGGUGAUGAGUGCUGACGUAAGAGGAGCAAGGUGGAUGUUUGAAACAAAACCACUUGAUGCCAUCAAGGCAGAAAAUGAAGUUUAUGUGAUCCGAGCCGUCACCCAAGAAGAUGUCAAGAAAGGCGAUGUCAAAUCAGCCAGAUGGAAGUUUGAGACGCAACCUUUGGACUCUCUCACCAGCCACGAGGAGUCUUCUGUUAGGGUCACUGAAGACUUUGGAAGCAGUAACGUGCAGCUCAAUAAAGAGUUAUUUGAAUCGGAACAGUCAUCCAACAAGUUUGUGCGAAUGGUUAGUGUCACUGAUGUCCAACACGGUGAUGUCAGGACCUCCACCUGGCUCUUUGAGAAUCAAUCGAUUGACAGUCUGAAAGGUGAACAUCAGGAGCAAGGUCCAGUAAAAACAGUCCACAGAGAAGACAGCCAGAAAGGAGAUGUGAAACGCUGCACUUGGCUGUUUGAAUCCCAGCCUCUAGACAAAAUAAAAGAGCCAGAGGAUACCUCAGAGCAAGGUGGCAAGGAGGAGAUACCAAGAGCUGAUGUGGAGUGCACUACCUGGCUCUUUGAGACAACUCCAUUGGACAAAAUCACUGCCAACAGUGUUGCUGACACCCUAUCAUAUCUCUACCAAAUGUCCCAUGUUCACUCAAGUGGCAUCAUAAUUGAAGCAAAUGAGAGUAGAAGUGUUAACAUGGCUAAAUAUCUGGUUGAAAGCAAUGAAGGUGUGCAAAUACAGAAAGAAGAGGUUAUCAGGGGUAACAUCAGGAACAUCAUGUUCCAACUGUUAAUUAAACCAACUCUCAAGCCCCAAGUUACUCUUCUGAGAGAGGUGGAGAAGGGUAAAGUGAACACCACUGUAGUAGAACUUCCAGUCUACCAGUCAGCCACAACAAUCAAGCUUGAGAGGGAUCAACGGAUACAAAAUAUUGUCCAGAUGAUUGAGGAAGUGUUUGAUCAAGAUAAGGUUUUGAAAAAAGGAGUCAUAAUGCAAGAGACUGCAGAAGGACAAGCAGAGAUGACAGUUUACUCUCUCAUCUGCAAUUAUGAAACCAAAGCCAAGAGUUAUGCCACAGAGAGAGGAGAUGUGAAGUCUACAAUUGGAAAUCUGUUGUCUACUGCCAAUAGUCAGAGGACUGCAGUGUCGUGCAGAGUCGAUGAAACUGAAAAGGGAAACGUGAACUUGUACAAAAGCUGCAUUGAGAAAGGAGAUCUGCACUACCUGAAAAGUCUUCAUACUGAGUUGUCUGGAGAUGAAGUUGAUUGUAGCCUUCCUGCUAAAGAACAGAUAGAAAUAGUUCAGGGGGAUGUGAAAGAAGCAAAGAGGAAUCUCUGCCAGCAGAAAGAUCAGGUGGAGCGAACCAUUUCCGAUGUUUUGCCAGGAGAUGUAGAGAAUACCAAAAAAGUGUUUUCAUCAGAGUCUACUGUCAGUGUUGAGAACUGUGUUCCAAAGGAAGAAAUAGUUCCUGGAGAUGUCUCAUCAGCAAAGCAACAACUUGCAGUAAAGCAACCUGUCACAGUAGAAAAAGAGGAAGUAGUUGCUGGGGACGUUAAGGCAACAAUGCAGUCAUUAGAACGUGCAAAGCAACAGAGCAUGAAUGUGGAGCGGGAGAUCAUUAAACCUGGAACUAUCUAUGACAUGGAUUUAUCAGCCCAAGGUCCUGAAAUAGAAGGGAGCACAUCACAAAAAGAGGUCAUUCUAUCCGGAGAUGUGAAAGCGGCUAAAAGGUCCCUUGAAAUGGCUAAGCAGCAAAGCAUGCAUCUGGAGCGUGAAGUCAUUGUUCCUGGAAAUAUUUACAACCUUAAUGUCUCAGCACAAGAUGAAAGCUCAUCAGCAGUGAAGCAAUCUACAAGCUCAUCCUCCUCCAGAUGCCAGCAAAUCAGGACUUAUCCAAAGUAACCUGUGAAGGACAACCAUCCAUUACAACACAGAAUCCAACACCCAACCCUGUUGCAAAUGGAAGGUCAAAAUCACCCAGGUCU